GUGCCGCGAGAUCUGUGCGAGAUACGGGCGUUCGUGCGAUGGGAGGAGGCGGGAAAGCCGAACGACACGACGAAGGCGUGGCAGGAGGAGGAGUUUCGCAGGGCGACGGAGGAUUUGAAGCGAGAAGUCGCGAGCGGGACGACGCUGAACGCGAUACGACGGCGGUACGGGCGGGCGCCGGUGGAGGGGGACGAUGAGGCGUGGCGAGCGCCGGGAGUAGAGGCGGCGGAGGCGAAACGCGUGGCGGAGGCGGUGGCGUUCGCGGCGAGCGCGGAUUUGGCGGACGCGACGGAGGAGAGGAGAGAGGAGCGAACGGCGAAGAAGGCGGUGCGGAAGGUUGAGUCAGUG